UCACGUUGAGACAGAACUCAUUGGUUAAACUAUUUGAAAAAAGAAAAGCUGUUAAAAUACAACUGUUAACAACAUGGUCGCUCUAAAACUACAAUAUUUUGUGCAGCAAUAGAAAAAAUCUACGAGUACUCGCGUGAUCUGUUGUCCUCGUGAAUUUAUAAGUAGCAUAACUACUGGGAGGGGCGGGGGACGGGUGAAGUCUGUCCAAUGACAAGGGGUGACAGAGGUCUGGGAGACCGUGUCAAUGAAUAUACACUGACUUCUUUAGAGGAAUAUAAGGUAUCGGUAUACAAAUUCACAAUAAUUAAUGAGACAUUCAAUAAAUGUAUAAAGUUAACUAAACAUAUAUUUAAUUUAUAAUUGUCUACUUUUUUAUAUACUUUUUUAUGGAAUGAAAUCAAAAGAUCAACUUUCAAGAACGUAUACACAAUUCAAGAGACAUUCAACAUGAUGUGUAAAUGGAUCAUUGUCCUGCUUGCUUGCAUAAAGGUGGUAUGUGUAGUUGGCCUCAAUCCUCAAUGCUCUAAUGCCAUAUUAAAUUUAGCUAAGGCAAGAAAAGCAUACAACACAUGGUGUCUCAACUUAUCAGUCUGCAAGAAUCCAAAGCCACUAGGAAUGGAAAAUGGUAACAUACCAGAUAGGGCCAUAACUGCGUCAUCAGUGUCUAGUGAUAAGUAUCUAGCGCCAUUUGCUCGAUUGAGAAGAAGUUCAUCAAAGUGUUCUUGGGCUCCAGCUGCAAGAAACAGAAUGAACUCUUGGCAUCAAGUUGAUUUUGGUAAAGUUAAAAUAAUAACUGGGGUAGCUACUCAAGGAUCUUGCAUUGGGGUCGGAUUUCAGAAGACUUAUACUUUUUCAUACAGUAAUGAUGGAAAAAAUUGGUCACCUUACAAAGAAAAUGGAUCAAUAAAGAUCUUUCAGGCUAACAGCAAUACAGCAGGCAUUGUCAAGAAUUACCUUUCAACUCCAAUAAAGAGUCGCUUCAUCCGUCUUCAUAGUAAUACUUAUUAUUUUUAUCCAACCCUCAGAGUUGAGUAUUAUGGCUGCUAGUAAUUCUAAAAAUGAUAAAUGGCGUACUUUAACGACAUUUUCUUUUCUGGUUUUUUCAAUUGUAAAAACAUGCUGGGCAUAUUUUUGUAAUAAAUGGUAGUUGUGAAAA